AUGCAGCAACAGCAACAGCAACAGCAACAGCAACAGCAACAGCAACAGCAACUCCAACAGCAGCAGCACGACGACGACGACGACGACGACGAUGACGACACGGAGUCGCCAAACCUCCACAGCCCGCACAUCCCCAAGAUCCUGCCUCAUGAGCGGGUUUUCCCCAUCCAGAUAGGCACCGAGCUGUUCAAGCUCUCGGGCGCAUCUCUCUCAUCCGACGCGCCCUCAUACUUCUCCCAGUACUUCCACUGCCAGAUCAAGGGCGCCGAGGAAAACGGAGACGACAUAGGACCCGUUAUCCGGACCCUCUACAUCGACAGAGACCCCGUCACCUUCAGAGACAUAUCGCUCCAUCUCCAGGGCUACCAUGUCAGGCCUCGUGACAGCACACACUUUGUGCGCCUCUUUGCCGAUGCCCAGUUCUACAACCUCCCAAAGCUUAUAUCACAACUCUACGAAGAGUCCAUCUUCACUUCCGUUGGCAACCGGGAAUUCCAAGUCUCGCGUGAGCUAUUCGCGGGCCCGGGCAACUCGCCAAACUUCUUUACCCUCAACCAAGCCCUCUACUUCUCCAACAACACCGACGAGUUGUUCCCCGGCCUGGAACGAGUGAAGCUUUUGCGGCCACCUUCCAUCAUGCCACCCUCAGUCCCCCAUCGCAGCCCCGAAAUCUUUGCCGAGAUUUUGCAUCUGCUGCGUGGGUAUCCGCUGGCAAUACGUGACGAGACUCAUCGCGCCGAACUGAUCCGCGACUGCAAAUAUUUUAACUUUAAGGGUUUGGAGCAGCACUUGGUACCGCACUCCAUUUCGUUCAACCUGGCCCGUCAGCGCAACGAGAUUGUAAUGCGCCUCCGAGACAUCCUCAAGAGCGGCAUCUCGAUCGGCCCGGAGCACAACUCAGCCGACCCGCUCGCCGCCUGGGUCAUGUACGCGCGGCCCUGGGUCGACGACGGCGCGCGGCCCUGCGAGCUGGUGCUCGAGAUUGGCGACGAGAACACGCGCCUGCGCUUCAGCCCCAGCGUCGGCGGGGGCACCAGCGUCCGCGCCGAGUUCGUGCGUGAUGCCAACUCCCGCAUCGCCAAACUCUUCGAGACCAUCGCCACCAAGCUGAACCUGCCGCCCACCACGCAGCCACUGGGUCUGCUGAUGGCCAAGGGCGGCGCCAGCAGCCAGCCGCCGACGCCCGGCAACACGCCCCUGAGCGAGGACCUGGUGCGCGUCAUCCUCGACCCCGAGGCCAGCGUCGUGCUCGACGGCAAGCCCUGGACCGCAGCCGACGAAGAUUUCGGCCACGUCUAUGCCGCCGCCGCCAACAGUUCGGCGCCGUCGUCGGCAGGCGGGCCAGGGGGCGGCGACCUGGAGUCUCCCAUAUCAAGCACCGCGCCGCCUUUCAAGCGCAGGCGGGUGGAAUCGCACGCCCGCGGCGGGGGCGUUGCAUUCGGCGCCGCUGGCGGUAAUGGAGGGGCCGCGGUAGGGGCCGCGGGAGCGGACGAGUGGAUUGUGAGGGCGGGCCAGUGGCGCCUGCGCAUCCAGGGGGCCAAGCACGGCAAGUCGGCGGUCGAAUGCGUGCUGGUGGCGGUCAAGCUGGACGCCCUAAGCUCGGAGCACGCAAGGAAUUCCCAGCGAGCGUUUCUGGGCACCAGCUGA